AUGGAGAAUGCCGGGAACAGUAAUGGUAACGAGGCCUCUGCCUCUGCAUCAACCAGCCACGAGAGAGAGGAGAACGGCGGAGGGAAGAACAAAGAGGAGACCGGGAAAACAGUUCCGUUCCACAAGCUUUUCUCCUUCGCCGAUUCCAUUGAUGUUGUGCUGAUGAUCCUUGGAACCAUUGGUGCUAUUGGGAAUGGGGUCGCCAUGCCCUUGAUGACGAUUCUAUUUGGGCAGCUCACUGAUUCCUUUGGCCAAAACCAGAACAACUCAGAUGUUGUCUCUGUGGUUUCCAAGGUGGCUCUCAAGUUCGUCUACUUGGCAGUGGGGACUGGUGUGCUAGCUUUUCUUCAGGUAACUUGCUGGAUGGUGACGGGGGAGAGACAAGCAGCUCGGAUUAGGGGGUUGUAUUUGAAGACCAUAUUGAGGCAAGACAUUGCAUUUUUCGACAAGGAAACAAACACAGGAGAGGUUGUGGGCAGAAUGUCUGGUGACACUGUUCUUAUUCAGGACGCCAUGGGCGAGAAGGUAGGGAAGUUCCUUCAGCUGUUCUCGACGUUCAUCGGAGGGUUCGUUAUAUCAUUCAUCAAAGGCUGGCUUCUUACCCUUGUCAUGCUGAGCACAAUCCCCUUGCUGGUGAUCACUGGGGCUGUCAUUUCCUUGAUGGUUUCUAGGAUGACAACCAGGGGACAAUCGGCAUAUGCUAAAGCGUCGACCGUGGUUGAGCAGACCAUUGGAUCGAUACGAAUAGUUGCGUCCUUUACAGGGGAGAAGCAAUCCAUAGAGAAUUACAAGAAGCAUCUUGUUACUGCCUAUAAAUCUGGUGCCAGUGAAGGAUUGGCUACUGGCUUAGGCCUUGGGAUGCUUAUGUUCAUCAUGUUUGCUAGCUAUGGUCUGGCUAUUUGGUUUGGCGGGAAGAUGAUUUUGGAGAAAGGGUAUACUGGAGGCGAAGUUCUCAAUGUCAUCAUUGCUGUCUUGACUGGUUCCAUGUCACUUGGGCAGUCUUCUCCUUCUUUGACUGCUUUUGCAGCUGGUCAAGCUGCAGCGUAUAAAAUGUUCGAGACCAUCAACAGGAAGCCGGAGAUCGAUGCCUACGACCCUAAGGGGAAGGUAUUGGAAGACAUUCGAGGGGAUAUCGAGUUGAAAGAUGUGCACUUUAACUAUCCAGCGAGACCAGAUGAGCAGAUAUUCAAUGGCUUCUCUCUUUCGAUUGAGAGCGGAACAACUGCAGCUUUGGUUGGACAAAGUGGGAGUGGGAAGUCGACUGUGAUUAGUUUGAUAGAGAGGUUUUAUGAUCCACUAGCUGGUGAAGUUCUCAUUGACGGGAUUAACCUCAAAGAACUUCAGCUGAAAUGGAUCCGAGGUAAAAUCGGGCUUGUUAGCCAAGAACCCGCUCUGUUCACAUCAAGCAUUAAGGACAACAUUGCAUAUGGGAAAGAAGAUGCAACCACUGAAGAGAUAAGAGCUGCUUCCGAGCUUGCUAAUGCUGCUAAGUUCAUUGAUAAACUACCUCAGGGGCUGGAUACCAUGGUUGGUGAGCAUGGAACUCAACUGUCUGGUGGACAGAAGCAGAGAAUCGCCAUAGCAAGGGCUAUUCUCAAGAACCCGAGGAUCUUGCUUCUGGAUGAAGCAACAAGUGCACUCGAUGCAGAGUCCGAAAAGGUUGUGCAGGAAGCACUGGACAGGAUCAUGGUGGACAGAACAACUGUGAUUGUUGCUCAUCGUUUGAGCACUGUCAAGAACGCUGAUACCAUCGCAGUCAUCCAUCGUGGAAAGAUGGUUGAAAAAGGCUCGCACCACGAGCUGCUCAAGGACCCAGAAGGAGCAUACGCGCAGCUCAUUCGGCUGCAGGAGAUCAACAGACCGUCGGACGCAGAAGACAACAACAGCAAGAAACCCUCCGAUAUGAACCCAGAGUCCUUCAGACAGUCCAGCCUCCGAAUGUCGCAGCGAUCCCUUAGUCGAGGAUCAUCCGGCGGGGUAGGUGGCAGCAGCCGCCGCUCCUUCUCGGUCUCCUUCGGCCUCCCAACAGGAAUCGACACCACAGAGCAACUCGAGUUAUUGAGACUAAAUGAUGUGUUUGUUCGUUCACAGGAUGCGCCAGAUGUUUCGAUUAAGCGACUGGCGUACCUGAACAAGCCCGAGAUCCCGGUGCUGAUCGGCGGAGCCAUCGCCGCGGUAGGCAACGGGGUGAUGUUCCCACUCUUCGGCAUCUUGAUCUCGCGCGCCAUCAGAUCUUUCUACGAGCCGCCCAACGAGCUGAAAAAGGACACCCAAUUCUGGGCGCUCAUGUUCACAACCCUCGGCGUCGCUUCGCUGCUGAUCUACCCAACGCAGACCUACUUGUUCAGCGUGGCUGGGUGCAGGCUGAUCCAGAGGGUGAGGUCGAUCUGCUUCGAGAAAGUGCUGCGCAUGGAGGUGAGCUGGUUCGACGAGCCGGAGAACUCGAGCGGCGCAAUUGGUGCCAGGCUCUCGGCGGAUGCCGCCACGGUUCGCGCCCUAGUUGGCGACAAGCUUGGACAGACGGUGCAGAACAUCGCUUCUCUUGUUGCUGGUUUGGUGAUCGCGUUCACGGCCAGUUGGCAGCUUGCUCUGAUCAUCCUCGCGUUGGUGCCGUUGAUAGGGAUGAAUGGGUAUCUCCAGCUCAAGUUCAUGAAAGGAUUCAGUGCAGAUGCAAAGAUGAUGUAUGAAGAGGCGAGUCAGGUGGCGAACGAUGCGGUUGGGAGCAUAAGAACAGUGGCAUCUUUCUGUGCAGAAGAGAAAGUGAUGGAGCUGUACAGGAAGAAAUGUGAGGGGCCUAAGAACACAGGAAUCAGGGAAGGUCUCAUCAGCGGGAUUGGAUUCGGGCUUUCGUUCUUUCUGCUCUUCUGUUUCUAUGCAACCAGCUUCUACGCUGGUGCUCAGCUGGUGAAGCAGGGCAAAACAACGUUCUCCGAUGUCUUUCAGGUGUUCUUUGCCCUGACAAUGGCAGCUCUAGCAGUGUCCCAAUCAAGUUCAUUUGGGCCUGAUUCCUCAAAGGCCAAAUCUGCUGUGGCUUCCAUUUUCUCAAUCAUAGACAGGGAGUCGAAGAUCGAUCCCUGUGACGAAUCAGGGACGACACUAGCCGCGGUGAAAGGAGACAUUGAACUCAGGCACGUUAGCUUCUGCUACCCUUCUAGGCCAGACAUUCAGAUCUUCAGAGACCUCAACUUGGCUAUUCAUUCUGGCAAGACCGUGGCUCUUGUUGGGGAGAGUGGGAGUGGGAAGUCCACAGUUAUUGCUUUGCUGCAAAGGUUUUAUGAUCCAGAUUCAGGAAGGAUAACCCUUGACGGAGUGGAAAUCCAGACCUUGAACAUCAAAUGGCUGAGACAGCAAAUGGGGCUUGUGAGCCAAGAACCCACUUUGUUCAAUGAGACCAUUCGGGCCAACAUUGCUUAUGGGAAGCAAGGAGAUGCAACGGAAUCUGAAAUCCAGUCGGCAUCAGAACUAGCAAAUGCACACAAGUUUAUCAGUGGCCUACAACAGGGGUACGAUACGAUGGUUGGGGAGCGAGGAGUGCAGCUAUCCGGGGGCCAGAAGCAACGAGUAGCCAUAGCUCGAGCCAUCGUUAAGGAUCCGAAGAUCUUGUUGCUAGAUGAGGCGACCAGUGCAUUGGAUGCUGAAUCGGAAAAAGUUGUACAAGACGCACUGGACAGAGUGAUGGUAAAUCGCACGACGGUGGUCGUCGCGCAUCGGUUGUCGACGAUCAAGAAGGCCGAUGUGAUCGCCGUGGUUAAGAAUGGGGUGAUCGUGGAGAAAGGGAGGCAUGAAAGUUUGAUCAACAUCAAAGAUGGAUUCUAUGCCUCUCUUGUUGCGCUUCACAUGACCUCCUCGACUAAUUAAAUUCACAAUUUGGCGGGUUUCCCUUUUAUCUGUUUUUUUUUUUUUGUGAAUUGUAUUUUUCCUUUUGUUCUUGGAGGUGAGAGAUCACCUUUUCCUUCCAUUGUUGUAACUCAAGCGAAGUAAAAGGGAAGGAAUAGGAGAAGAAUGAGGCUGUCAAUAUGGUAUGGUUUUUUGGUUUAACCGUAACCGAAUCGCAAUAGAGUGAUUAGUGGUUAACAAUAUAUUGCAUGUGAUUGAGAGGAUAUUUAAAAGGGUAUGGUUAAUAAUAUUAACAUAUUUUGCGGUUGUGCGGUUAACCAUCG